AUGAACUACAAAACUCCAAACAAGGAGAGGACAAACGUAUUUGAUGGGGAUCAAAGAGAUAAUCCGAGGAUAACCAGCAAGACUGCCGCCUUUCUGCACGUUGCUUUGACUUUCCUACUCUAUCUGUUGAUUGGGCCGACCAAAUAUGCUUACUUGCUCCCGGCAUGUACUGUAAUGUGCAUUAUCUCGGCGUUCGAAAUUAUUAGUUUCAUUCGAAACAUUCAAGAUGACCAAGACAUGGAUGCGAGGAAUCAGAGAGCUCCAGAAGCUCGUGAUGGUCCACAAGCAGUUGAAAUCGCCCCUCAGGAAAACAAUAUUGAAGAGGUUGCGGAUGCAGAGGAGGUUAAUGCGGACCUGAGAAUUAAUGAGUUACGAGAAGAAAUUCGUAGAGACAUCCAAAUGAUACAAGACGAUCCGAGAAUGCCGCUUGAGCAAACAAUGAUCAUUUUGGAUAGAAUUGAUGAUACAUGGAGGAUAAGGCAACAAGGAAUUGUUGGUGCCCAAAACAAUCGUCCAGUUGCAAGAAAUCCAGUUCCCGAACCAGAUACUCAAGAUGUCGUUGCCCGGCUCCCAGUUGCUCCUGAAGCUCCACCCACUCAGGAUACUCAGAAUCCGGUUAGACAGCAACUCAGUAAGACUAGAGUUCCCAGAAUCCUCAAGGAAUGUGGACACUCUAUUUGUGAUGUGUGUGUUGGUCAAUUGCAGAGAGUCGAUCGCAACUAUUUUAUUGUGAAUUGUCCUACAUGUAGGAAAAAGACAUUUACUACUCGCUCCAAGUUGCCAAAGAAUUAUGCGCUGAUUGAAUUGAUGGAGUAG